GGUAAGUAAGGAAGCGCGCCGCGUCUAGGAUCAAGAGAGCUCUCCAAAAAAUUUCAAAUGCUGGGAGGGCGUGAAGAUUAGUUCAUUCAUUACUUUUUACUCCUUCACCUUUUUAAUAUUCCCAACCUCACCACCUCUCUAAUUUGCACUUCUCUAGCAAAAAUUCUUUUGAUAGGGCUUCUGAUAAAUAUUGGCAGAAUUGAAACCUUUUCUAUCAUUUUGCAUGCAAAAUAAUAUUUUGAAUUGCAAUUGUCUAUUGCAUCCUACGCUUAACCUCAUUUUCACUCACAGCUUCUGGCCAUAGCCUGGCAACUAUAAUCACAAUGACAAAGAACCGCCCUCGUAUCCCAAUGGGAUCGCUCAGUGAUAUGGCUUCAACUGUUCGCGACAAGAAAACCGCAUCCAAAGCUAACCCCCUGGGAUCUACUCAGCUACAAAAGAACCAAAAGUUAGCUAAAGACACCAGUAGUGAUGAUGAGAGUGGCAGCAGCAGCAGCAGCUCUGAUGAUAGCGACCGAAGUGGAAGCGACAGCGAUACUGAUCUCGAGGCCGCGAAGAGCAAGUACGCUGCUAAGCAGGCAACCAAGCGCAAGACUCCUCAACCAAAAGCGAACGCUACCAAAGCGGAACCUGUUAAAACUAUUCCGAAUGCAGGCGCAUCAUCUUCUAGGACGCCCGUAAAGACAGCAGCUUCUACCAGCCCUGACGAUUCCGAGUCUUCUGAGUCUGAUUCCGAGACUUCGGAUUCUAGCCAAAGCCCGGCCAGGAAUGGGGUUGUAAAAGAGGAGAGCAAGGAUAAAGACGAGGAAGAGAGCACAUCGGAAAGCGAGAGUGAAGAUGAAGAACCCAAGAAACAACAGGCUGCCGAGGCCGAAUCUUCUAGUGACGAGGCUAGCGACAGCAGUUCUGAUGACGACAGUGAGGAUGCAAAUGCUAUGGAGAUAGAUAGCGCCGAGGCGGCCGUCUCUAAAGCUAACGGCGUGACUUCUUCUCAAGUUUCUCGGCCUGGAUGGCUUAACAACUCCAACUUCGUGCUUCGCAAAGCUUCAUCUGAUAACCCUGCCAAAGAGGUUACAGAGUUUUUCAGUAAGGCUAACUUGGAGGGGAAGCAAGUGUGGUAUUUCACAGCACCAGCAUCACUACCGAUUACUGUGCUUAAAGACAUGGAGAUUGACCUGUCUAAGGCAACUACUGGCGAAGCACUGCUGAAACACAACGGCGAUGAAUACGGCCUAGAUCUCGAGUCUCAUGCUACUACCACACAGAUCCAGUUGCUUAUCCCCUCUCAAGGUGGGGAUAACUAUACUUCUUUGAAUCGUGGAAUCGAUUCAACUGUACACCUCCGUCGCGUAGCCAAAUUCGGACCUGGUGGCACUGUUAGCGCCACUGCCACUGAGGAUUACGCACCGAUACCGAAGGCCAUUCGAGAACAGCCACAGGGUCUAAGACCACGUUUCACCCCAAUUGGCGUCCCCAGCUCUACUCCAACUCCUCAAGCACAGCCCUCUAAAUCUCGUCCUGCAGCCGCAACACGGGCUGCUUCUUCAUCCGACUCUGAAAGCGACUCGGAGAGCGCCUCGGAAGAUGAGACUCCGACGGCGUUGCCUGCCCCAACCGAUUCAAAGAAAUCUAAGAAGUCAAAUGCUGCCAAUGUGAAGCUCAAGCGAAAGGAGCCCGAGGCGGAAGCUAAAUCGACUCCAGUUCAGAGCUCUCAAUCCCAGGAAAAGCCCGCAAAGAAAUCGAGAACCUCCAGGUCCGCUUCUUCCAAAACCCCGAUCCCCAAGGAAACGCCUGUCCCGUCCCAGGCCACACCGCAGAUAGGCUCGACGCCGAACGGUACCCCUAGCAACAAAAAGGCAAAGAGGGAUAAGGCGAAGUACUCGGUACAACCGAUGAAGCAGACUCCGGUCCCCGUACCCAAAGUUUUUAGCAUGAACCGCUAAGUUGGGAUGUACUGGAUGGAUUUGCAUAGCCUGCAAUUUUUUUUUUUUGGGGGGGGGGGGGG